AGUGACAUUUAAUUCGAUCUUUAAUUCCUCCAUUACAAACUGCAUGGUACAUGUAUGUUGGAUUUGACCAACUGUUCAGUAUUGAUGUGCAGGAAGGAUAACUCUUUUCGUCUUGUCUGGUGGCAUGUUGGUUUAAAUAUUCUGACGAACACUGGAGGGAAACCAGUGAGAGAAAAAAUGGAAAAUAUAUUAUACAUUAUAUAUGAAAAAAGAUUUUUAAUUAGCAAAUUAUGUGCACAUGACAUUUUUUAAAUUACUUAUACAGUUCUUUUUAUCUUCCUGAGUAUAAUUACAGAUUUUGAAUUUUUUUGCAAUUUCGUUGUCUUUAAUGAGUUUUCAUUAAUGUAGUACCUAUUUAAAAUUACACCUCCGUCUAAAUCUUGAUUGGCAUUUACUGAAGAAAAGAAUUAGGGACCUCUUAGAUUUCAUUAUCAAUUUAUGUUCAAAUAAAGAGUGUUAUAGUCUUUUAUUAACCCAAUAUUUAAUGUUACACUUAAUGUGGCCCUUUCUGAUCAUGCAGUUUCAGCAUGGAGGGUUAAGAUUCCACUCCAGAACUGGUACAUCACAUAUCUCUCAUUGGUUGGUUCAUAGAGGAAAAUCUGAUGUGUAAUAUAAAUAUAAUGUUAAUUAAUACAUACUAAUCUAAAUCUUAAUUAUGUUUAUGUUUAAAUAAUUUAGUGCAAGGGAAUUUAAACUCAUAAACAUUUAUGUUUCACAUUACCAUGUAUUUCAUCUCGAAUGCAUAUUCUUCUCAAAAAAUUUCCUUGCUUUUAAAUUAAUGAUGAAUAUCGGGAAAUCAUGCAUGAAAAUAUUCUGAAUUUUUAGCUAAAUAAUAGAUCGAGAUUGCAGAACUAUCCACAUAUAAAACGGGGGGGGGGGGGGGGGGGUUGGGGGGGGGGGGGGUUCUUUCUUUUUUUUUUUGGUAUCCCACUGAACAAUUAUACAAUUUCAUAUCAUUCAUCAACAGAAAAUUAUAUAAAUUAUACAUAAUUAUUUGAUUUAGUAAAAACUGAUUCAACCAUAGAACAGUAAUUGUUAGAUAGUGAUUAUAUCUAACCACUAUCCAAAUAUCCAACAUCUCAGGAGGGAAGACAUACAGGUAGAGAGAGGGGAGAAAUAUAUAUCAAUAAAAUUCCAUGAUGGACUAUUGGAAAACAUAAUUAUCAAAAUUUAGGGGAAAACCCACAAUAUUUGAUAAUGAUUGAAGGAGGAAAGAGAGGGCCGGAGAGAGAGAGAAAGAAGAGAGAGAGAGAGAAAAGAGAGAAAAAGAAAGGGGAGGAGAAAGAGAGAGAGAGAGAGGGAAGAGAAAGAGAGAAAGAGGGGGGUGAAAGAUUUAAACAUGAAAAGACUUUUGGAGUACACUGUAUAAAAUUUUGACAUACAAUUAAACUACACAGGUACUUACUGACAAGUCGGAGACAAAAAGCGGAGGUGAAGUGAUGUUUGACGAAGGGUUAUCAUACCUAUAUAUACCUGUAAGUACUGCGAUCUGAGCGACAAUGAAGUAGAUGGGCGGGCAUUUAAAUCUGACAGCAAUUGGUUGGCAAGACGGCUCUUACAGAAAUCAUUUCAGCCAUGCGUUGUAUGACUGGAGUUUUUCGUGUUUUUUUCCACAAACUUGAAAGAUCACUUGAUGUGAUUAAAAGAUUGAUAGAGCUUAGCAAAGGUUUUUAAUUUGUAUUGGAUGAUUAUUAAGUCUCUCUCUCUCAUUUGUAAAAGACUCUAUAAAAGCAGACCUCGGUAGUUAAAUGAAUCCAUUUAAUAGUGCACAUACCGUAGUGAACCAGCCUAUGAAAUGCAUUCACAAAUUCAGCUUUUUAUUUCAUCAUUAAAGAUUGUGCAGUUAUGAGCAAUUUUGAGUAAUUAUGUUGUUAUGCAUGUUAUAUAAAUUGCUAAGAAUACCAAGUGUAAAUUAGAUACCCAGUAAAUAUAAGUAGGAAGUUUUUAUAACUUUGUGAAAUCAGUACAUGUAUAAUUAACAGGAUUUCACAGCCAGUGAGUGGAUUUUGCAUAUUUUAAAAUAUAACAUCCUAGGAAUACACAUGUACAUGUGUUGUACGAAAUUAGAACUGAUCUGACAGAAAUCCACAGGGAGCCAAGUCGAUAUUCACCCCCCCCCCCCCCCUGAGUCAAAUUUAUAACUGAAAUCAGGGGUGCAGGCCAGUGCCUCAAAUUUAUAACACUGAAAUCAGGGAUGCCGGUGCUUCAUUUAUAACACUGAAAUCAGGGGUGCAGGUGUCUCAAAUUUAUAACACUGAAAUCAGGGGUGGUACUUUAAAUGUGGUCCUAAUUACUGCUGGUAAUAUUUAACUUAUGCAAGGAGACAAUUGAUAUUGUCAGAUAGAGUUUAAGGCAUUGUUUCAGGUCAAAGGUCAACUUGCCACUAUGAUGGAAUGAAUGCAAGGUAAAGGUCAUUUCCAGUCACAUGAUACAGAAUUUCAUGUUAGUUUCCGUCCAAGAUUUGCAAUAUAUGGUACUUGGAUAAAACCACCCCUUGAGUUACUAUGUAAUGGGCUUUGUAGAAGAGCUGUGUGGAUGAGUUAUGUUGUGUUAUAUUGAGCCAUUAGAUGAAGGUCCGCAAUCUUAUCAUGGUUUUGGCAUAAAUCAGACGAAUGAAGAGGGACAUGAAUGAGAAAAUUAAGGAGUGAAAUAGGACUUUAUCUCGGGGAGUAAUAAAAUUAAGGUGUUAAGUGGCUCCUAUUUCAUGUAGGAAUAUUCAUACGAUUGUAUAUCACAGGUUUAAGGUCUCUGUAGAUUAAUAUUCUAGGGAUUCAAAGAUCGAUAUGAAUUUUUUUUAUUACAUUUUGUAUUGACGGUAUUAAGUGUUGGGCGGAAAGUUUGUGAUUCCCUAUCUACAGAUACAUGGGGGAGAAAAAUUAAUGAAUAUUCUACAAUAAUGUUCUACACACAACAGUGUUUAUGAAUAUGUUUGAUAAGAUUUUGGUAGAGAGGGGACUUUAUAUUCAUAAAAGUCAGAUAAGAAUUUACUUUUAUACAACACACCUUUUGCAGAAUGGAGAAAGAAAUAAGACAUGAGUUUGAGUUUUUAGAGAAAGUGGAUAAAAAUUAUGUGUUGGAUAUUACUGUAACUUGAAUGGAUGUUUUUAAUGUGAUUAAGGAGGUUAAUGCACUAGAGACUUAUUUCCCUUAUUGAUGUCUUUGUGCAUUUCAAUUUUGAUGAAGAGACUCAUUUUUAAGCAGAGCUGUAGAUCGGAAUUUAAAAUCAAUUCUCGACUUUUGCUUUUGUGAAUUUUUGUUUUAAGUGAUUUAUUUUUUUAAAUGGAUGGCGGAGGAAGAAUGAUAGUAUGCUGUGUCUUUAUUUAAUGUGACCAUUGCUCCGAUUGAAGAAAGGAAAGUUUCUGUAUUUUCGUAUAAGAUAUCGAAGAUGGAUGGACGAAUACAUUUUUAGUUCUGUUAAAUUGUCUGUGUGAGCUAGGCCCUUUGCAAACUGAAUGCCUGUGUCUCAUAUAAACAAAUAAAUAAAAAAAAAAAAAAUGAAAAUAUAUAUACGAACAAAAAAUAAGAAAAAUCAUCACCUGCAUGGAUAAAUUAACAAACAGUGGAUUGGAUGACUGAGGAAUGUUUAAUCUUCAGUUUUGUUUUAAAUAUGAUGAUUUAUUGGGAAGAAUGAGAUAAUAUUACAGAGCUGCUGUCACUGAGCAACACAUUGCCAGAGGAAUAACCCUUCUCCAAUCAAAUUAGCAAACUUGGACUUGAAUGACUGGGUGUACACUCUGAUUAUAUCCUGAGGACUAACGAUCAAACUCUGUAUUAGAAUCCAGUGUUAAUGUCGUCACAAAGCUUUGACAUAUUCUCUGAGGGACAAUCAAGAGCUUAACUGGAUCACAAGAAUCUGAGCAUCAGUACAAGUUUCCUAAUUAGCAAAGGUCGUUAUGAUAUUGAUUGCUGAUUUCUGAUUGCGACUAAAUUCAGAUGAUGUUUGGGGAACAUAUUGCCUAAUUUGGAUUUCGUGUUAGUGAAUGUUUGUCAGUGUGUGAGUUCGGGGCCUCAGGUUCGGUUGUGUCGGUGUGGAGCUGGUUGUGUUUUUCCAGUUCAAAGAAAAUGUGUUUGAAUGACAAAGUCAGAGUUUAAGCCAGAAAUUAGCCCACAGAAUUAAGAGGAAUAGUGGAAACUGUAUGGAAUAGUGUUAAAAGCUUAUUGAUUCAAAAGUUUUUAUAUAUUUUUUUUAUUUUAAUGAUUCUCGAGGAUGUCUGAAAAGUUCUGAAUUUGUUCCCAAAAUUCAGAAAUACAUUAAUUUUUCUAUGGAAAAACCUAAUGUUAAACCAGAAAUGAGUACCAAACUGGUAAAAUUUUCAACUCCGACCUCUAGACCUGUGAUAAAUUCAGAAGUUGGAACAAGGAUGAAUUCACCAAGAACAUUACAGGGUCUGAAGGACAAACAAGAUGGAGUGUCUAGUGACCGUGAUACUGGUCUAACGGGACCAAAAAAGACAGUGAAGCUCCCUCUGGUGGAGAGAAAAGCCUCCAUCAGUCAGGCAAUGAGGAAGCUACGUGGGUCAGUUCACACAUUGCAGGUUCUGACUCGACUGAAUAAGCUCAAGGGUCGUGGCAAAAACCAGGCAGGAACUCCUGAGAAAGCUGGUACCCCGUCCCAGGAGGGUGCAGAUGAGAACCAGUCACCAGCGCGAAAUGUCAUCUGGAACGAAGAGAUUGAAAAGCUGCAGAUCAAAGAGGAUGAUCUGAAAAAUGUCCACGAAGCUCCUUUGCCUACAGCCCCUAAAACUCCCAAGGCCACUCACUUAACUGUGAGGAAGAUGAAACCAGCCUCCGAAUGGGACAAGCCGAAACCUCGAAUAAUCACUGUGGCCCAUCCAGCCCCUGUUGAUGCCCCCAUAAAAGAUCCGGACUACUCUGGUUUUGCUGGUCCCCGUUACAAUGACGAGGGCGCCCCUAUCCCCCACAGCCUGCUGGGGUCAUACGACGAGUUCAGGAGGGAGGCAAUCAAACGAGGAGACUUACUGGACUUGCCAGUUCCUAGAGAUUCAGACCUCCAGCCAGACAGACCAACUGUCAAAUAUGAGAAGAAGAGGCGGGACAGACCGGAGAGACUCCGCCCUAAUGAGAGUAACGCCCUGCUGAACUGGCAAAUGAAGAUGAUGGAGAGGAAGAGACAGCAGGGGUAUAUCUCCAAGUUGUUACAGAAGAACCCUGAGGAUUUAGCGAUGAAUGCGGCAGACAAUUACCGCCAGAUUCAGGAGGAGCGUUACAUGAUCGACCGGACCAUACCAUUCAAAGACUACGGCAAGGGAUAUCGUGUUGGAAGUGAGUUCUGGAAACAGCAGGAGAGGUUUGGGGACGAGGAGACUGGCAUCCACAUGACUUUGACCAAGUCUGAGCAAGGCUACCCCCGCCCGGUAGAACACAUGGGUGUUCCGAAGUCGAUCAGGCAUGAGAAGGGCUGGCACUGGCCCCCAUAUCACACUACACCUGUACACUACCCUUGGCACAAGAACCCGUACCUAGAAGACCGUAAAGGUCAACUCAAGGACGUGAUCAAUGACCUUGACCCACACAAACCUGAAUUUGAUGGGUUAGAAGUGAUUGGGACUGCAAAUCCCGUCAACAGAGACCGUGUCCACUCGAACCUGGGAAUGUUGGAAGAGGAGGAGAAAAUGACUGAAGGGGGCCUGGACAUCGACGAAUUGGACCCCCCACAGGAAAUCUUUGAGAAAGAUGAUAACAAAGAAGAGGCAGUGUUUGGACCGUCCAUCAGUUUUGCCGGACAACCAGCCCGCUGGACAGGCGACAGUAGUAGCUACGCUGACCAGAUUGGAAUCGAGGCCAGGGUGACCUUUGAGUCGCUGUCAGGUGAUCGAGUCACAUCGUACCUUUACAUCAUCAAUGAUGGAACAACAUCUGUGUAUUAUGAUUGGAAGAGGAUUCCUCGAGAAAAUCCUUUUGACCUGGUCCAUGCACGGGUCCAGCGGUUUUACUUCAACAACAGCAGUGGGGUCAUUUUGCCCGGAGAGACGAUGAAGUUCCCCUUUGUUUUCAAAUCUCCAAAUGCUGGGGUCUUCACUGAACAAUGGAAGUUUGAGACUCGGCCCAGUUUGUGUGGAGGGGCGGCGUUAAUCGUGACGCUGAGGGGAAUCGCACUACAGGAGGAUAAAUUUCAACGAGAGAGGGAGGAUCUGGAGAGGGACCUACAACAGAGACAGGCAGAGCAUGUUGUGCGACAGAUCAUGUAUGACAUCAUCAGUGGAAUAAAAACGCCGGACAGACCCUCUUCACCGAUUGACGCGUACAUCACGGACGAAGAAAUCUUCUGCAGGAAUAAUCCCAAGCUCCAUUACAACCAUACAUCAGUGGCUGAACUGAAGCAGCUAUACAUGGAAAUCGCCCCGGAGGAAGAACGAGAGGGGCGUGUCUGGGACCUGUCUGUUCAGGACCUUAAAGAUGAAAUAGUGGCAAUGGAUGAAGAUGAUGAGAGAAAGGAAAACUUCCUCCACCAGCUGAACACCAUCGUCUCCAAGAUGUCCUACUGUCCAAAUAAACCUGUCAAAAAGGACCUAUAUAAAGUGGGGUAUGAGCUUUUACUGGAGGCAGUGGACGGAAUUGUGAGAGAAUCGUAUGCUAUCCGACACACAAUGGGACUACCUGAGAGAGAGAACGAAGACCUUCCUGAUGACUUCAAUACGUCUCCAGAGUCACGGUUAAGUAACCGUCGGCAGCCGUCUCGCUUAUCUAACGCCGAGAGCGAUAUCAGUGAUGCCCGCAGUAAAUCUAAGGCAGAAAACAAAAGCGGUGCCAAGGCACCACCAGAGAAAAAAGCACCACCACAAAAGGAUGCGAAGGCUGCCAAAGGAAAGGAGACGAAACCUGACCCCAAGGCUAAAGCCACACCCCCUGCAAAGAAACCUACUAGCAGUCGAGGUCCUUCUGCGACCCCCGGGCCGCCCCCCAGCACAGUGCCUCCCCCAGACAGGGAGAGAACCCACAGCCCCCUCAGCCCUGUACCCUCUACAGAGGGAGAGACACAUCAGGAGAGGGCUUACAAGCAAAAACUCACAGCACAGGCUUAUCUAAUCAUGCAGGACACAUUUAGAAAAAUGGGUGACGUGUUCGAUGAAGUGUCAGGCACAGAAGACCCAGCGCCUCUUGUCUUAUGACAGCAUGGAAAAUGACUGCAAUCGAGACUCUGUUAGAUCUACUGACCUUUCUACAAUUAUGUUAUAAAUAACAUUGUCUUUCUACUAUUAUGUUUUAAUUAACAUUGUCUUCUUUAUCAAAAUUAAAUGUAUUUAUUUUUUGUACUGCAGUGUGAUAGAAAAAAUUGAACUUAGUCAACAUUAGUAUUAUGUCACCAUGAAAUUUUUUAGUGUGAAAAAUGAGCUGUGAUAAAAAUCAAGUCUGUCCAUAUUUUGUAUAAUUUUACUAUAUAUUUUGUGGGUAAAAAGUGUAUUAUUAAAAUCCUUUUGUCUA